AUGUCCCUUGCUCUUGAAGAGAUUCUCAGCAAGGGCUUCAUUCCUCCUGGUAUCACUGCUCGCGCUCUCCACUCCGACAAAGAGGUUCGACAGAACUUCUAUGGACCUGGAUUCAGAUACAAUUGCUUCUGUUACAUGCUCUUGGAUCCACGAAUUCUGGGAACCAACAUAGAGACGGUUACGUUCGAGAAGUUCGUAAAAUCCGUUUUCUAUGUUGUGAAAGGAACGAAAAAUAGGCCAUUGGACCAUUUCAAAGAUGCUCGGAACGAAAGGAAGAAACCAGCAAAUCAGCAGAAGCUCGGCGUGAAGUUCCUGAAAAUAGCUGAUUUGUGGGAUAGAGGAUACGGCAUUCCGAAGCAUGAAUUCGAUAAGGCGGUGAGUUCCACGGAUCUACGAAAGAGGAAGGGUUACAAUGCCUACUGCUACCUUCUAUUUGAUCCAUUGUUACUGGGUAACGACAUUGAGAUGGUUACGUUCGAUCGGUUUGUUCAUGCCGUAUUCUACGUAGGAAAGGGGUCGAAGAACCGAUCAAUGGCUCAUUUUAUUCAAGCUCGGAACGAAAGAAUGCUGCCAGCAGACGAACAGGAGCUUUGCAUCAAGCUUCAAAAAAUAGCGGACUUUUGGGAUGCUGGAUAUGGCAUCCCGAAACAUGAGUUUGCCCACGGCAUAUCCAAUGAAGAGGCCUUCGUGAGAGAAGGGUCAAUGAUUGAAGCAAUCAAAAGAAAGAAUUUGAAGAACAAGAAGGGAGGGAUCCACGAAAUCGUGGGAUAUGAACACGAAAGAAGAAUUCCGAUCAUUCGAGCUCCACAAGUAAGGAACAAUAUGAAGUUAUCUGAGAAUGACUUGACUAUUUUUCACAUCUCUAGACUCCGCCCUUUCGUUCAAUAUGUUUUCUAUGUUGGGAAAGGAACGAAAAAUAGGCCAUUGGACCAUUUCCGGGAUGCGAGAAAGGAGCUGGAGAAGCCUCCAAAUGAGCAAAAGCUAACCGAGAAGUAUCGGAGGAUUGGAGACAUAUGGAAAGCAGGCUUCGGUAUUCCGAAGCAUGAAAUUUCUCAUGGAGUGUCGGAUAAAGAUGCAUUCGUAAGAGAAGCCUGCAUGAUCGAGGCACUCCAAGUGGUCAACUUGACAAAUAGAAAGAUAUUCUCUCCAGAACUGAAUGCCGUCAUCCGCAACGGACACUUCUCUCGGGAUUCCCUCGAGCGUGCUCUUCGUUGUGAGAAUGCUGUUCGAAACAACUUCGAUACAAGGGGGUACAUGGCUUUUUGCUAUGUCCUCAUCGAUCUUCGUGUUUCUGGCGUCAAUAUUGAAACGUUGACAUUCGAAACAUUCGUCAAAUCAGUAUUCUACAUUGGAAAGGGCUCCAACAGAAAUGAGAUGGACAAAGCACCUAUCGAUCAGAAAAUGAACAAGAAACUUCAAACGAUUGUUGAUAUCUGGUCAAGUGGGCUCGGAGUUCCGAAGAUUCAAUUCUCUCACGGAGUGUCAGAUGCUGAUCAAAGAAGCGUGAGAAGGGCGAAUUCCACGGAUUCACGAGAUUAUGGGAUUCGACCACCAAAACCGAAUAUGGAACAUGGUUGCUGGAUAGAAAAUAAAACAAGAUCGACAAAUUUCAUCUAUAUCAAUUAUCGAAAAAUCAAUAUUCACGAUGUUCUCGGAUACUUCAUUUUUCUAAAUACUCUAGUUGGUGCCAAAGUUGAGAAGAUUACAACAAGAAGGUUGUGCCAGUUGGAAGAUGAAUUCAAGCGUAGACUUCACGAUAUCAUCCAUUCUCAACUGAUUGGAAGUAAUGGUACAAACAUCCAAACCGUGAUUGGACUGGAGGAAAUCUGCGACGGAUGUGAAAAGUGUUUUAAUAUUGCCAAGAAGUGUAUAGAAUAUGGUCCAUUGCGAUUCAGUACACUACAAACUAUGACUUAUUCAAAGAACUACAAGAAACUGCAUGUGACUGAUAAACUAUUCGAAGACAUUGCAGAGUACUGUAUCUCUAAGUCAAAAAACAAGGAAGAAUGUUUCAAAGAACUGGAUAAAACUAUUCUCUCGACCAUCUCUUGUGAUAAACUUGCUAUAUGGAUCAGUGAGUCCAGAGUACUCCCGGAUGAAGGGACAGAUCCUAAGUAUGACCAUCGUCAUAUGCCACGAGAAGUUAUAGAUAUCAUUCUAAGGAAAUGGAGUGUAAAAUCGAUAAAACUCAAUAUGAUAUAUUUCACGAGUGAAGGGAUGUGCAGUGUCGAAUGGCUACGGUAUGACUAUUUCACUCGAGUCAGAUUAAAUGAUCCAUAUUGGGAAACUAAGCAUUCAGAUUUGAAAUUCAGCCAUGUCGAAGUGAGUUUGUCCUAUUCACAACAUUGUGUAAAAGGGUUGGGGAACCUCCCUGCAGAAACGAAACCUCCGGCAGGAUACGACAAUUUCAUUCCGAAUAUCAGAAGAAUGUUCCCAACGGAUAGAAUAAUGAUAGAUCUGUCACACUGGUAUGCUAUAGCCAACAAGGAUAUUGAGAAGAAAAUGUCAACAAUAUUGCAAGUGGUCACUAUGGAACAACAUCAGAAUUUGAGUUUAGACAUCAAGUUUUUUGUGCAAUCAGGAAUUGUCAAAAAGCUCAAUAGGUAUACGUAUAGGGAAGAAUUGUUGGGAAUCGCUUCGGGAUAUGUUCUACAAGAGAACCGAUUACACUGUUCUAAGAAGUCUUCACCGUUCAUUGAUGCACAGGGUCCAGAAGUAUUCCUUGACAAUAAAUGGGUUGGAAGACGGUUUCAAGUGAAAGAUACUUUCAAUCAAUUCAAUUUUAAUUUGGAUGUGUAUAUCAAGGAGAAAGAGUUGGAAGAUAUGUUUAUUAAAGCACUGUUACAGGAAUAUCCCAAUUCUUUUGUUGGACAUUUUUACAAUUGA